CUCAUGCCAUCAUGUCACGAUGUCCUCACUCAUUGUCUUCACUCCCUGUCCUAUCGCCCAUCCAUCCUUCCGUAUCCUUUCUAUCUCCUCACUCCCUGCAGCCCCUGCACCUGCACCUGCAUCUGCAGGGGGCUUCGCGGCAUCCCCACCCCUCCCACACCCACGCCGCCACGCCCAUGACCCGGUGUGCGCUCCAUUGGCACCAUCGUAGGCAGACCAUACGGACUCGCCGGAGGACCGCCCCCGGGCAAGGUCGCCAUCACAUAAGGCGACGGCGGCACGUGCAAAGCCAUUGGGGUGCGGUAGUGAUGGGGCUCUGUAAGAAGCAUCGUGCGCCUGAUUGGUAUGGGCAGGGACAGCUCGGGCAUUGGGUGGGAGCCGGGCGAGAGGGUGCGGCCCUCAAGAAAUACCUCACGGUUCCUCUGACACAACCAAACAAGACGCCCCAAGCACACACACACCCAUCAACGAUGCGCAUUCCCCUCUAGAACUGUCCUCUACCUGAAUGGGGGAGGGAAGUGGCGGCGGACUCAUUGCCUUCGGGGCCUCGUCUCUGUUGCGGCCAGCGAGGCAGCAGGCCCCACACAAACGCUCAAAGAUGCUCAUCGCGAGAAAACUCCC